AUGGCUGCUUCGACUGGAGGAUCCAUUGCUGUUUCGAGCUUUCCAUCUUCUUCUUCAUUCAGCCAUAAAUCCAGGCCGCGCUCCAGCCUUCCACGGGCAAUUAAACUAGUCAAUCCAAGGCAGCGAAAUAUAGCCUGCUUGGCAGUUCAAGAAUCACCUACAUCCGCAGUUGAUGCUGAAACAAAGGAGAAAAGGGAGGAGAAGCCAGCUGAAGAAACAGCAUCCUCGAAGCCAAAGCCAAAAGCUGCAGCCAAAGUUCCAGCCAAGGCUCUGCCUGAGUUGAUGGAAGAGGAUGUUAUCCCUACACUCAAAGCCACUCUACAAGCUCAAGAUGAUAUCUCGAAACUCGAACUAUCUUUUAAUGAUAACAAGUUGGAAGGUUCAUUUCUUAAGAAGGCCAACCCUUACUCAUUUUGGGCAUUUUUCCCUGAUGGAAAUCUCACAGGUCCCAAAGGUUUCUCUCUGUCUUCGUAUGGGACAGAAGUGAGCACUGUUGAGCCAUUUCUAGUUGAUGAGAAGAAACCAACAGCCAAACAUGUUGUAUUCUGGGUUGAAAAGCGUUUGGCUGCUCAAGGAAUUAUUCCAGUGUGGAAUGAUUGA